AUGUUCCACGCUCUUAGCCUGUUAUUCCGUGAAAGAGACACCGCGGUAAAGUAUUUUUUCCCCCAUCCAGUGAUUCGGCCUUACACUUUCAGCCCACGUCCCUCAGGUCUCAUCAUUCGAUCAGCGAGAACCGUAGCCCUCGUCGCUCCCUCCCCUCCCUUUGCUCUCGUUCCUACCGUCGCCUUUCUCUCUCACAUCGAUCCCGUCCCUCGCGAAGCUCUCGUCCCUCCGUCCCUCCCAUCCUUCCUCCCGUCGCCUCCGUUUAUCCUCAGUCGCUCCCAUCCCUUCUCUUGCCGUCCGUCACUCCCGUCCCUCCUCCCGUCCCUCACGUUCCUCCUCAAGUCCCUCGCGUCGCUCUCCGCCGCUCGCAUUCCUUCCCUCUUCACCUCUUCCCGUUCCCUACACUAUUCUACCCUCCGUGCUGCUUCGGCCCUUCCAAACGCGCAUUCCCCCCCCCCCUCCCCUCUCCCCCCCCCCCCUCCCCCCCCCCCUCAACGCACACUUUCCGCGCUUCCCUACGCGCAGAUCCCCCCCCCCCCCCCCUUACCUACGUGCAGUUUCCACCCUUCCCUUCGCGCAGUUCCCCCCCUUCCCUUCGCGCAAUUCCCCCUUCCUAUCCCUCACUCACACCCACCGCUCGCUCCCUUCCCUCUCUGCCUCACUUCCCCCUCGAAUAUCCCAUUCCCUUUCCCCCCCCUCCUUCCCUCCUCAAUCUGCCCCACUCUUCCCUCUAUUCUCCUCCUUUUACCCCUCCCCCGUCCCCUCUAUCCUACUCCUAUCCAUCACCUCUAUUCUCCUCUACUCUCUCCCUUUCCCCUUGUCCUUCCAUCCCACUCCCCACUUGCCCCUCCCUCCCUUUCCCCUUGUCCUUCCAUCCCACUCCCCACUUGCCCCUCCCUCCCUUUCCCUCCGUUUCCCCCCCUUUCCGGCCCUCCCUUUCCCCCGUGUCCUUCCCUCCGUUUCCCCCCUUGUCCCUCCACUGCUUUCCCCCAUGUCCUUCCCUCCGUUUCUCCCCUUGUCCCUCCCUUCCUUUCCCCCAUGUCAUGCCCUGAUCCCCAUGCCCUCGCCGACUUCGUUUCCCCUGCCCAUCAACCUAAUACCCCCCCCCUCCCCGUCGCGACCCCUUCCAUCGUCCUCCCCUCCACCCUCGCUUCCCCUCGCUUUCUCUUCCCAUCGGCAAAACACUGCUCCCACUUCCCUCCAUGCUGCUUCCCCACUUCCCCUCCCAAUCCCCUUGUCAUUCCUUCUGCUUCCCACAUGCCCAUUUCCCUCCACAUUCCCCUGCUGGCCUCCCUCAAUAUCCCUCCUCACCUCACUCGCCUUUCCCCUCCCCUCUGCUCUGCCCUUAUUCCCACUCCACUCCCCUUCCCUCCCUUCGAAUGUCCUCCCCUCUCUCACUGA